CCGCCGCGGCCGCCGGGCACCGGGCACCGGGCAGGCGGAGGCUGCGGCGCCCAUGGAAGCGGCGGCGGCCCCGGUGCCGGGCGGCGGCCCCGGUCCCCUGCUGCUCUGCCUGGCCCUCGCCUCCGGCCUGGCUCUUUUCAGCUGUGUGGGCGCCGACGCCAACGUGACCGAGGGGCUGCCCUGCGAGGGCUGUGCAGGUAACGUGACGCAGCUGCGGCGGCGGGGCCACUUCUCCCGGUGCCCCGAGGAGUACCGGCACUACUGCGUCAAGGGCAGGUGCCGCUUCCUCGUGGCCGAGGCAGCGCCGGCUUGCGUGUGCGAACGGGGCUACACGGGGGCGCGGUGCGAGCGGGUGGACAUCUUCUACCUGCGGGGCGACCGGGGCCAGAUCGUGGUUAUCUCCCUCAUCGCUGGCAUCGUCAUCCUCAUCGUCUUUGUCGUCUGCACCUGCCUCUGCGCACACCACUGUCGGAAGCAGCGCAGGAAGAGGAAGGAAGAGGAGAUGGAGACGCUGAGCAAGAACCUGCCCUCCAAAAGCGAGGACGUGCUGGAGACAGACGUCGCAUGAAGCAGCGGCUGCAGGAACCUGCAGGCGGGUCCCAGCGCCGGCCAGAGGGGCAAGGGGUCGCGCUUGUCACGGUGCUAAUAAAAGGGUGACCGAA